AUGACCCUCAUGAUGAUGGGCCGUGUGAUGUGUGUGUUGGCCGUUGUGCUGUGCUGCGCCUGCGGGUAUACCAUGGCUGCUGCUGCUGCUGUUGAUAAUGACAGUCCCAGUGGCCGUGGUGUAUCCCGUGGGGCUGUGGAGGUGUCGUGCGGGGCCGGCGGUGCGCUGCGUGUACGCCCCGCUGCUGAGAGCGAGUGGCUAACAUGCGGUGCGGGCAGCCGUGUGUCUGCAUGUGAAAAGUACGCAGACCUCUGCAGCCAGCGUACCGCAAGAGCAAGAGGAGCAAGAACAACAACCAUUGCUACUACUACUAAUACUAAUGGACAGCCAAAGGCGGUGAUGGCGCAUUGGAGUAGUUGGGGUUAUGGUGGUCUUACAGCGGAUGAGAUUGAGAAGCUUAACAAGACGUAUGAAAAAGAGUUGGAGGAGCGGGAAAAGAAGAAAAUACAACAGCAGCAGGUGGCAGAACAACAGGUACAGAAUCAACAAGAGACAAGUGAACCGCAGAAUGUCGUAGUGGAGACGGAACAAGCUGUUCAAGACGCUCAUGUCUUGGGUUCCACAUCCGAGCCUACUAGUGGCCAACAAAAGUUAUCUCCUGGUGCACCUAAAGAACCUUUACCUCAAGAUAUUGCAGAACCACGCAGUGCAGAAGAAGUUACCCCCCACACACAAACACCUGUUAAUCCAACUACAGGGGAACAUCCAACUGUAGAGGUUGAUAACAAUAAUCAAAACGCACAAAUACAGUCUGAUAAUACCAAAGAAAAUAGUGAUGUGAAAGAAGGUAUUCCUGCCAAUCGUUCACCUUCAGAGGUGAGUUCGACAGCAGACACACAAGGAACUGUUACCUCAACUCCGGUCACUGCUAACACUGACGCAGAAACUCCCAACACACCUGCCACCACUCCGCCCACCACCGAGAAUACUGUCGAAGCACCAACCACCACUCCAUCUCCUGCAGUUGUAAUCGACCCAAAGAUCAGUAAUAUCGCUUCCACUGUUCAGAAGAAGGCCAAUGUUGACAGCACUGUCAGUCCUGUGUGGAUGCGCACUGCAGCACCGCUGCUGAGUGUGGCUGUGUUGUUCUUCUUUACUGUGUACUGA